AUGUCGGCUCCCUUCACGCCACCCUCUGGGCCUCCACCACCCUCUGUUCCGGAGGGAUGGAAGGCGCAGUACGAUGAUCGAUAUCAGGCAUGGUUUUACGUGAAUCUCGCCACUGGAAAAUCACAGUGGGAACGCCCAGAAACAUCAGCUCCGUCCACUGACGGAGGUUCUCACGAGCCGCCACCAUCAUACGAUAAUACAAACUCCGCUGAUCCAGUUGCACUCGCCAAUGCUGGAGACAAAAAGCGGCCGCUGGCUUCAAAUAACCCAUACAAUCCGACUUCUUCCUCGCACGGCACUGCCAACCUCAUCGAUGAUGACGCCCGCCUCGCCGCUAAGCUCCAGGCGGAGGAAGACGCCCGGGCCAGCAGUGGCAGCAGAGGUCCCGGGACACCGGGUGCCGCUGCUGACUUUUACAACGGGCAAUCCGCUUCUCAAUCCACCGGUUCCUAUGCAUCCGAGCCAAUCGCUGGGGGCUCGGCACCAGAGCAAAAAUCUCGCAGCAGAGGCUUCCUGAGUAAGUUGAUGGGCAAGAGCUCUAGCAGCUCCCGCCCACCGCAACCACAGCUUCAGUACACCUCAUACCCGCAGCAGCCCCCACCGAAUGCCGGAUACUACGGGCGAUACCCGCAGCAACAGGCGCCAGGAUACGGAUAUCCGGCGCCCGGAUAUGGAGGAUACCCGCCCCAAGGCGGGUACUACCAGCAGCCACAACAGAAACAUGGCAUGGGAACUGCCGGUGCAGCAGCCUUGGGUGUGGGUGGAGGGUUGCUCGGUGGACUUUUGAUUGCCGAUGCCGUGGAAGGGAUGGAGGACCAUCAUGAUUAUGAUAAUGGUGGUGACUAUGGUGGUGACUAUGGCGGUGGUGGUGGUGGUGACUUUGGUGGAGGUGAUUUUGACGGUGGUGGUGACUUCGGUGGAGGAGACUUUUAA